UAUAAACAAACAUUUUAAAAGAUAACCUAAACAUCGAUAUAAUUUAGAAAAAAUUCAAUACAUUUUAAAAUGAAAGAAGAAGAAUUUGAUCCAAAAAAUUUAAUUAAAAGCCGUGAGUUUCUUUAUCGACUAAUAAUAAGUCAAUUAUUUUACGAUGGUCACCAAAACGUUGCUGUUGGUUUAUCAUCAUUGGUACAGGCUGAUCCACCAUGCCCACCUAGUGAUAGACUACUCCAUGUUAUGAUAGCCGGUUUGGAACAUGAACCAGAUCGAAAGGAAAGACCACCGAACCAUGGGAUUGGUGAUAACACAAUAGGACCAGGAUUAGAUUUAGAGUUUGAAACGGAACCCCAAGUUCCAGCUCCAGAACCGGCUUUAUAUGAAACAGCGUAUGUGACAUCGCAUAAAGGAAAUUGUCGUGCCGGAUGCUUUAGUCAUGAUGGACAGUUGAUAGCGACAGGAAGCGUAGAUGCUAGCAUAAAAAUUUUAGAUGUUGAACGUAUGUUAGCAAAAUCAGCACCAGAAGAAGUGGAAACUGGAAGAGAAACAACUGGCCAUCCUGUAAUUCGAACAUUAUACGAUCAUAUGGAAGAGGUCACGGCAUUAGAAUUUCAUCCUCGUGAUCCAAUACUAGCAUCUGGUUCAAGAGACUUUACUGUAAAAUUAUUUGAUAUAUCAAAAGCAUCGGUGAAAAAAGCAUAUAAAACAAUUACGGAUGUUGAGGCAAUUCGAUGUUUAGCAUUCCAUCCCGCCGGUGAACAUAUUCUUGUUGGAACAUCACAUCCGGUAUUACGAUUGUACGAUGUAAAUACUUCUCAGUGCUUUGUUUGUAGUAUUCCAUCUCAUCAACAUACAGCGGCCAUAAAUUCAAUUAAAUAUUCUCAAGACGCCAAAUAUUUUGCAACAGCCAGUAAAGAUGGAUCUAUUAAAUUAUGGGAUGGUGUGUCAAAUCGCUGUGUAAAUACAUUCCAAAAGGCUCAUGAUGGUUCCGAGGUUUGCUCUGUCGCUUUUACUAAAAAUGGCAAGUAUUUGUUAUCCUCGGGGAAAGAUUCGUUAAUAAAACUUUGGGAACUAACAACUAGUCGAUGUUUAAUUGCGUAUACUGGUGCUGGAACUACCGGAAAACAGGAACAUAAAGCACAAGCUGUAUUUAAUCAUACGGAAGAUUAUGUAUUGUUCCCAGACGAAGCGACAACAUCAUUAUGUGCAUGGAACUCAAGAAAUGCUUCAAGGAAACAGUUAAUGUCAUUAGGUCAUAAUGGACCUGUACGUAUGAUUGCACAUUCUCCAGUUCAAGCGGCAUUUUUGACGUGUUCAGAUGAUUUUCGUGCACGAUUUUGGUUUAGACGUACUCCGACUGUAUAAAAAAAAUUUAAAAUAUAUAUUUAUAAUUA